GUGUGUAGUGCUAGGUUAGUAAAUCUAAUCAUAUUCUAGGGAAAGUGUGUAUUGCUAGGACAGAUAAGAGAGUUUGUGAUGGAUAUACUGAUUGUAUCCAUGGAGAAGAUGAACAACAGAGUAUUUGCACCAAUAUAAGUUCUGGUGAAAAUGAAACAAAUUGGUUUGGGGAGAGAACAGGCCGGAGAGUAGAUGACAAAGAAACUAGAGAUAAAGAGGAUCCAGAUGAUCUACAGCAUCUUGAUGAUCUACAGGAUCUAGAUGAUCUACGGGAUCUACAGGACGCAGAUCUAUCUGAUACAAGAUCAAAGGUUUAUGAUAUAAAGGUUCAGCAUACAGUGGACCUGAACCUACUCCUAAUUAUCUUCACAAUCACUGUCAUCAGCGUAAUAGGGUUCUGUCUGAUCAUAGUAUAUGUAAUGUACAGACUAAGCAGAAGAACAACCAAGCAGGAUAAUGAUUCUAUGGAACCAUCCAACAUCAAUCCACUGCCUUUAAACCUCAGCAAUAAUAUCUUUAUUGUAUGAAUUAUAGCAGGAUAAUGAUUCUAUGGAACCAUCCAACACCAAUCCACUGCCUAUACACCUCAGAAAUAAUAUCUAUAUUGUAUGAAUUAUAGCAGGAUAAUGAUUCUAUGGAACCAUCCAACAUCAAUCCACUGCCUUUAAACCUCAGCAAGAAUAUUUAUGUUCCUACUCCGAGAUCUCCAGUACAUGAGAGGAGACCUACUUGGUCUAUUCGGAAUACAAGUAUAGUGAAGGAGCUAGGAAGAGGUUUCUAUUCUAAAGUUUAUCUGGCUCAGGAUCCCACCUACGGUCUGGUUGCUCUGAAAACAGCUGACGGGAAGAGAGAAAACCUGGAAGAAUGUAUUUCUAAUGAAAUAGAGAUUUUAUCAAAUAUUAACCAACAUAAAAAUAUUGUCAGACUUCUUGGCCAGAAUAUGGAGGAAAAAUUGAUCAUUCUAGAGUACUGUUUCCAUGGGAAUCUGAAGGAUUACAUCACUAGAAAUAGAGAAUAUUUCAUAAACGAGGUAGACCCGGAGACACAGGAACUACUAGAGGAUUCCGUUGAGACAAGCGUUGAUCUAGCAGAAAAAAGUGGUACUUUAGUAAAAACUCGUCGUCUUCUAUACUGGAGUUAUCAGAUGAGCAGAGGUUUAAGAUAUCUGGAGGAGCUAGGGGUUAUUCAUAGAGAUAUUGCUCUUAGGUAGGAAAUACAAGGGACAAUACAUGGCUAGGGGUUAUUCAUAGAGAUAUUGCUCUUAGGUAGGGAAUACAAGGGA